CUUUCAUCUUGCUGGUCCCCCCCUCCAUCAGAUUUGCAGUCAUGAGUAACGGUACUUCGUCGAAACAGUCAGCUGAUUACGAUACUCCAGUCAUCAUCAUUGGUGCUGGUUUGUCAGGAUUGGUGGCAGCAUAUGAACUUACAAAAGCGAACAAGAAAGUCAUCAUUGUAGAUCAAGAACCUGCCGAAAAUAUUGGUGGUCAAGCACAUUGGUCUUUGGGAGGUUUAUUCUUCGUUGAUACGCCCGAACAAAGAAGGUUGGGCGUUAAAGACAGCAAAGAAUUGGCUUUACGUGAUUGGCUCAAUUCAGCUCAAUUUGAUAAUGGUAUUGAAGGUAGAGGAACUCGAUCAAGUUCAACUGCAAACACAACUGGAAGUGGCGCAUUAGAGGCAGAUUUGACAGUCUUGGAUGAGAUUGACAAAGAUCCUUCAAGUCCAGAUUAUUGGGGCUUGCAAUGGGCAAGAGCUUUCGUCGAUUUUGCCGCAACGGAAUUUCGUGAUUAUGUGAAAGGUUUAGGAAUGGGUCUGAUGAUGCACGUAGGUUGGGCCGAAAGAGGUGGCGGUUUGGCAGGUGGUCAUGGAAAUUCAGUACCACGUUUCCAUCUCGCUUGGGGAAUCGGACCUGAAGUUGUAAGAAUCUUUCGUGAACCUGUCCAAGCUGCAGAAAAAGCAGGUUUGGUCGAUUUUCGUUUCCGUCAUCGAGUUGAUGAACUGAUCGUUGAAGGUGGUCGUGUGGUGGGCGUACGUGGCAAACAAUUAGCACCCGAACCAAACUUUGUCGUUGGAUCAAAGACAAAUCGUAAAGAAGUUGGAGAUUUUGAUAUUCGUGGUAGGGCCGUUGUUGUAGCUUCGGGUGGUAUUGGCGGCAAUCCUGAUUUGAUUCGCAAGAUUUGGCCUACCGAAAAAAUGGGUGGACCUUACCCCAACAAGGCGGUAUUGGGUGUACCAAACCAUGUCGAUGGCCGCAUGCUAGCAAUCACAAAAGCCACAGGUGCACGUUUGGUAAACGAAGACAGAGUAUGGUUCUAUACUGAAGGUUUACAGAACUGGGAUCCUAUUUGGCCACAGCAUGGAAUUCGUGUUAUUCCUGGACCUUCUUCUCUUUGGCUUGAUGCGACUGGAAAAAGAUUCGGUACACCAGCUUUCCCUGGUUGUGACUCUAUUGCCACAUUGAAGGCAAUCAUUGCAACAGGAUAUGAUUAUUCAUGGUACAUUCUUGAUCUGGCUACAAUCAGAAAGGAGUUCUCUUUGAGUGGAUCAGAACAAAAUCCUGAUUUGGCAAGCAAGAGCAUCCUGAAGCUGAUAUCUGAACGUCUAGGUGGAAAGGGAACAGGUCCUGUGCGCAAGUUUAUCGAACACGGUCAAGAUUUCAUCCAAUGCGAUACCCUGCCUGAACUUGUUCAAGAGAUGAAUGCGCUGGCAAAGAAAGAAGCAGGAACAAGUGCUGCUGGAAAAGAGCCUCCAACGAUUGAUUAUGAUGAUAUCCUCAAGACAAUCGUCGAUCGUGAUAUGCAAGUAGACAACAAAUACUCAAAAGAUGCUCAAGUUAUGCUUAUCCAUAACGCAAGAGCUCAUUGGAUUGAUUCGAUUAUGCGAGUUGUCAAACCGCAUAGAUAUCUGGAUCCUGCUUCUUUGGUAGAAGGUGAAAAGCCGAGGGCAAUGCCUGGAAUGGGGCCAUUGCUGGCCGUUAGGAUGUCUAUCCUUACACGUAAAACUUUAGGUGGUAUUCAAACCAAUUUGCAAGGUCAAGCAUUACAAUCAGACGGUCAAACGCCCUUCCCGGGCUUGUAUGCUGCCGGUGAAGUCAAUGGUUUUGGUGGUGGUGGUUCAAUGGGAUUCAAUGCACUCGAAGGUACAUUCUUAGGUGGUUGCAUCUUCUCUGGAAGGGCUGUUGGUAGAGCUCUAGCCAAGGAAGAGUAUGAUUGAUGAUUGAUGAUGAUGUAUUCGAACAUGAUGUAUUUUUUAUUUAUGAGAAUCGAUUUUGCUUUUUUAUC